AUGUCGCCAAUAAGCAAGGUCGAUUCAAUUUAUCGUACAAUAUUGUUGUCCAAAUUUUUUACCCGAGGCUGGGGUCACCCGGAGUAUAUGAAAAAAAUAUUUAAAUUUCGUAAAAUAAUAUCCAAUCGCCAGACCUGUCAGGGAUUGGUAGCCAACGAUCAUCUCAUUUAUAUUGACUCACAAACUGAACACAACUCGACCUACGAUGUCUUCGAAGGACAUUUCAUGAGUCCGUUAGUCCAAUAUUUGCCCGAAUUGGUACCGAAAGAGUCACAAAUUGCCAAAUUUCAGUUAAUUUUACCGAAACAAUGGCCGCAGAGUGGCCUGAAACCCGUAUGCCUUCAUUUGGCCGGUACUGGCGAUCAUCAUUUUUGGCGCCGACGAACACUUAUGGCCAAACCGUUGCUCAAAGAAUAUGGAAUCGCUUCGAUAAUUCUGGAGAAUCCGUUUUACGGGUGCCGCAAACCGCCGGAUCAGACGAGAUCUAGUCUUAAAAACGUAUCGGAUAUCUUCAUAAUGGGCGGCUGUCUGAUACUCGAAUCGCUGGCACUGUUUAAUUGGUGCGAACGUAUGGGCUUCGGGCCACUGUGUAUUACCGGCAUAUCAAUGGGCGGACAUAAUGCAGCCCUGGCCGGAACCAAUUGGCACAAACCUAUUGGUAUAGUUCCCUGUCUUUCAUGGACUACCGCUUCCUGUGCUUUCACUCAAGGUGUUAUGACUGGUUCUAUUCCGUGGACACAACUCGAAGAAGAAUAUCUAUCCUAUGGUGAAGAGCUUAUCGAUGAACUCCAGAAGCUGAUCCAUUCGCCUAAAUAUGAACCGGCUAUAAAUCAGGCCUUUGACGCCGGCCGACAGUUUGCCAAGAAUUUCCCGAAUAUUUUCGAUUCGAUUCUUGAGUACGACUUUAUUAGGAAUAUAUUUGCCACAAAAAGUACAAAUAUAUCGACGACAAAGACAACGACUAAUAAUAAUAAUAAUAACAUCAAUAGUAGUAUUCAGCCAAAAGCGGCGGCAAAAACAAAAACAUUGGACUUUAUGCGCGGCGUAAUGGACGAGUGUACACAUUUGGCCAAUUUUUCGGUACCAAUCGAUCCGGAACUGGCCAUCAUAGUCAAUGCCACGCACGACGGCUACGUACCACGACAGAAUGUACAACCGUUGACCGACAUAUGGCCAGGUGCUCGGGUACGCUAUGUCGAUGGUGGCCACGUUUCGGCUAUACUGUUCAAUGCCAAUGUUUUUCGUAAAGCCAUUGCCGAAGCACUGGAUCUGACGGCACAAAAAUAUUACGGAAACUCUCUGUUUGAUAAACCACUGGUGUCUACCCAGAGAGUUACCAGUUAGAUCUCGGGAGCCCCCCGGGGGGGUGGGUUGGACGGAGACAACAAAUCAACUAA